AGUUCCAGCAAGUAGAAAGUUCCAGCUCCCUUUCCUGACUCCCUCCCAAGCUUCCCUGCGUCCCUCUGAAUGGCACCCACUUCUUGCUGCUAUUCCCAACUGCCCACAGAUGAGUUCCAAGAGAACCUGGGGGACCGAAAGCUGCCAGUGUGGGUGGGUAUCCUGCUGGGCCUCCUGGUGGUCGGUCUGUCUGUGGCAGUAGGCGUUUUGGCUGCCAAGUUCAAUAGCCCAGCUUGCAAGGAUGGCCUCCCGGCUGAGCAGGAGUGUCGAAACAUCACCCACCUCCUGGAGCAGGAGCUGACCCAGGCCCAGGAAGUCUUACGGGGAACUGAGGCCCAAGCUGCCACUUGCAACCAGACUGUGGAGACCCUGAAGAUUUCCCUGGAAAAGCAACAGGAGCUCUUCCUACAGAAGCUUCAAGAGGAGAUCAAGACAUUGAAUCAGUUGCUGCAAAAUAAAUCCUCAGAGUUUCAGAAGAAAUCCGCGGAGCUGGAGCAACUAAGAAAAGAGAAUGAGGCCUUGGUCUUCGGCAAGGGCCCCACCAACGCCAAGGGCCCCCCCAACGCCAAGGGCCCCACCAACUCCGGGGUCACCCUCCAUCUCUCUGUGGCCGCCGUGCUCCUGUCCCUGAGCCUCCUGACUCUGCUGGCCUGAGGUUGCAGGAAGCCUGCUGGUACAUUCUAACCUGGCUGAGAGCUGUUCGCCCAGGGACAUGGGGAUUAACCUCAGAAUGCAGUCCAGGCUCCUUUUCUGAGAGUUUCCUGUCAUCUUGGAAAGAUAACAACCUGGUCCCAGAGGAGCUCUCUCCCAUUCACCCAGAAAUCCAUCCUAAUAAACUGUCAUAAGAUUCAA